AUGUACAGGCAUAGGAUUCUAUGGCUUUCUCGAAGAAUUUGCCUAAAUAACGAAGAUACUAUUUACGUAAAAAACUCAUCAUACGUGAUAGAUAAACCCAGACAACCAGUUUGUAUCCUAAAUAAAAGGUUUAGUACCUGCAGUUAUAAUUCCAGUUUCCAUUUAGAUAUUCGAAAUAUGUCCGCACAAGCAAGUUCAUCAUCCAAAAAAGUUAAUCGUCUGGCAUUAGAGAAGUCCCCUUAUUUACUUCAACAUGCCACGAACCCUAUCGAUUGGUACCCAUGGGGCGAAGAAGCCUUCGAAAAGGCCAGAACCGAGAAUAAAUUAAUAUUCCUUUCUGUUGGAUACUCCACUUGUCAUUGGUGCCAUGUUAUGGAAAAGGAAUCGUUUGAAGAUCAGUCAGUAGCCGAUAUAAUGAACAAAUACUUCAUUAGCAUUAAAGUAGAUAGAGAAGAACGUCCCGAUGUUGACAAAUUGUACAUGGGUUUCAUACAAGCCACUGUAGGGGGAGGAGGUUGGCCCAUGUCAGUGUUUCUGUCCCCGAGUUUAGAACCUUUAACCGGCGGGACCUAUUUCCCACCUGAAGAUAAAUACGGCAGACCAGGUUUCAAGACGAUACUCAAAAGUAUCGCUGAACAAUGGAAAAACAAUCAAGCAGCAAUGGCGAAAUCUGGCAAAACUGUACUGGAUAUACUAAAGCGAGCUCAUUCUCACCAAAACACCGAUGCGAAUAACGUACCCGGAGAGGAUUGCUGGAAGAAAUGCUUGCUGCAGAUAUCUCGAAACUACGAACCGGACUUCGGAGGGUUCAGUUCCUCGCCGAAAUUCCCUCAACCAGUUCUGUUCAACUUCCUAUUCCACGUGUAUUCCAGACAAAAAGAGAGCGAACAGGGUUUUCGAUGUUUGGAAAUGUGUUUGCACACGUUGAGGAAGAUGGCGUACGGAGGUAUUCACGACCACGUGAAUAAGGGAUUUGCAAGGUAUUCAGUUGAUGAAAGAUGGCACGUACCGCAUUUCGAGAAGAUGUUGUACGAUCAAGCGCAAUUAGUGAUUUCAUAUUGCGACGCUUAUGUCAUUACUAAAGAAGAUUUCUUUUCCGAUGUUGUCAAAGACAUCCUUACGUAUGUCUCGAGAGAUCUAAGUCACGAAACCGGUGGUUUUUACGGUGCUGAAGAUGCCGAUUCCUAUCCUUAUGAAGGAGCACCUCAUAAACAAGAAGGCGCUUUCUGCGUUUGGGAAUACGAUGAAAUAUUCAACUUACUCGACGCUAAAACUGAUGAUAUAUCGCACGCGGAACUUGUAGCCUACCAUUACAACGUCAGGAAAGAGGGUAACGUGAAACCAUCGCAAGAUCCCCACGGCGAAUUGACGAAGAAAAACGUCCUGGCCUGCUUCGGAUCGUACGAAAACACGGCCAACAAAUUCGGCAUAGAAGUUGAAAAAGUGAAGGAAAUUUUGUCCAAAUCACACGAUGUGUUGUACCAAGUCAGACAGACACGACCGAAACCUCACGUCGAUACCAAAAUUCUAACAUCUUGGAACGGUUUGAUGAUAUCCGGAUUCGCUAAAGCCGGUUUUGCAUUGAACGAUGAAUCCUACGUCAAACGGGCCGUACAAGCCGCCGAGUUUAUUAAGAAAUAUUUGUACAACGAGGAUAAAACUCUAACAAGAUGCUGCUACAGGGACGGCGAUAAUUCGAUAAGCUUAGGACAUGCUGCUAUACCGGGAUUUUUGGAAGACUACGCCUUUCUCAUAAGAGGAUUGAUCGAUCUGUACGAGGCCACGUUGGAUACGAAGUGGCUGCAAUGGGCGGAAUCGUUGCAAGAAACCCAGAACGAUAAAUUCUGGGACACCAACGACGGCGGGUAUUUCGGUAGCCCGGAGGGCGAUUCGUCCUUGCUAUUUCGCGGUAAAGAAGACCAAGACGGCGCCGAGCCGUGCGGCAAUUCCAUCUCGGCGCAGAAUCUCGUCAAAUUGAGCGCUUACUUGGAGAGAAAAGAUUAUAAGGAAAGGGCGGGGAAUUUGUUGAAAACGUUCUCCGAACGAUUGCUGUCCAUACCCAUCGCUUUGCCCGAAAUGGCCUCCGCUUUGAUGUUGUACCACGAGUCUCUCAAUCAGGUGUUUAUAGUCGGUCCGAUGGAUGACACGAGCACGAAAGCCCUAUUGGACGUCGUUCGAACGCAUUUCAUGCCGGGGACGAUUCUGGCGGUGGCGGACGGGCCGUCUGGUAAGUCUAGUUUAUUGUAUCAACGGCACCCGAUUCUCUCUCGAUUGGUAUCGGUCGAGCACAAACCAGCGGCGUACGUGUGCAGGAAUUUCACUUGCGCCCUACCGGUAACUGAACCCUCGGAACUGGCUUCUUUGCUCGAAAGGAACAGUGCCGAUUCCGAAUGA